AUGUCUAGAGAACUCAGUUAUCCGAAAACCCCCAUCAACAAGGUGAAUAGAUAUAAUCAACGAGCGAGUUAUGAUGCAUCGACUAUCCAUCGAAUUGUCAACACAACAUCUGUACUUCAUGUCUCUUUUGUGGUACCUUCAGACCCUAAAGAUCCAUCAUCAGCGCCGCUUCCAAUGAUCCUUCCCAUGAUAGGACAGAUGGGAUCGUUUGAUUACCCGAGCUCUGAUGAAACAGAUGCUCUGGACUGCUACCUUCAUGGUUACGUUUCAUCUCGAAUAAUCAACCUUGCACGUGGGGUAGAAGGAAUCCCGCUCUGUGUAGCUGCUACUAAGAUUGAUGGCUUUGUGCUAUCCCUGACACCCAAUUCUCACUCUUACAACUACCGUUCUGCGAUCCUCCACGGCACCGCAACUUUGGUUAUCGAUCCAGCAGAGAAGCUCUAUGCAAUGGAGUUAAUAACUAAUUCUGUAAUUCCUGACCGAUGGAAUCAUACCCGCAUUCCGCCUGAUGAGGCCGAGAUGAGUUCGACAUCCGUAUUAAAACUGAAGAUCAGUAGUGCAUCUGCGAAGGUUAGGACAGGGCCCCCGCUGGAUGAAAAGAAGGAUAAUGAGCGCCCUGGGCUACGCGAAAAAGUAUGGACUGGGGUAGUUCCUGUGUUUGAAGCCUUGGGCGUACCAAUUCCAGGCCCAGAUAAUGCAGUGGAUGAAGUGCCUGAAUAUGUGGGUGUCUAUGUUGAGAAGCGGAAUAAAGCUGAAAAGAUGCAUGCAGAUCUAGUGGGAAGUACUAUGGGGAAAAAAGGCAGCUGA